CUGUCACUAGGGACCGGGGCCGUCUCCAAACCCUCCAGUUAGGUUUAAACCACAAAGAGCUCUGCUGAGUCUCAGUUUGCAUCCUCCUCUCCUCCUCCUCCACUCGCUCGCUCGCUCGCUCGGCUCUCGGCAGUUCUCCUCCUCUCUUCUCCUCUCCCAUCUGCCGGUUGCUCUCUGUGUCAGCCCCGGGCUCUCGUAAAAGGGAAGCUGAGGAUCUUGCUCUGAACAUCUGCCAGAGUUUCGCUCCAUAAAAUCUCCUCUCUUGCUGCCCGUGAGUCACUGAAACCAAACCGCCACCAUGGAGGCCAUCAAGAAGAAGAUGCAGAUGCUGAAGUUGGACAAGGAGAAUGCCAUCGACAGGGCUGAACAGGCCGAGUCCGACAAGAAGGCAGCGGAGGAUAAAUGCAAACAGUUGGAGGACGAGCUGCUCGCUCUGCAGAAGAAGCUGAAGGGAACAGAGGAUGAGCUGGACAAGUACUCCGAGGCCCUGAAGGAUGCUCAGGAGAAACUGGAGCUGUCGGAGAAAAAGGCCACAGAUGCUGAGGGCGAAGUGGCAUCUUUGAAUCGUAGGAUCCAGCUGGUGGAGGAGGAGCUGGACCGGGCCCAGGAGAGACUGGCCACGGCCCUGCAGAAGCUGGAGGAGGCCGAAAAAGCUGCAGAUGAGAGCGAACGAGGCAUGAAGGUGAUCGAGAACAGAGCAAUGAAGGACGAGGAGAAGAUGGAGAUUCAGGAGAUGCAACUCAAAGAAGCCAAACACAUUGCUGAGGAGGCUGACCGCAAAUAUGAGGAGGUUGCCCGUAAGCUGGUAAUCCUUGAGGGUGAGCUGGAGAGAGCAGAGGAGAGGGCAGAAAUUUCAGAACUCAAGUGCGGUGACCUGGAGGAGGAGCUGAAGAAUGUUACCAACAAUCUUAAGUCUCUAGAGGCUCAGUCUGAUAAGUACUCUGAAAAAGAAGACAAAUAUGAGGAGGAGAUCAAGAUGCUGAAUGACAAACUAAAAGAGGCGGAGACCCGUGCUGAAUUUGCAGAGAGGACUGUAGCUAAAUUGGAAAAGACCAUAGAUGACUUAGAAGAAAACCUAUCUACUGCGAAAGAGGAAAACCUGGGAAUGCAUCAAGUGCUGGACCAAACACUGCAAGAGCUGAACAGUUUGUAAAAUGUCAAGAAGAAUGAGAAAUCUGAAGAGCAAACGGCCCAAAGUUAUUUAAAGUGUCAUGAAAAUGUAUUUCCUACAUUCCAGCCACUUUAACACAGUUUUCUGUUUUUGGUAGUGAAAACCCAUAUUCCCCUUUUUAUAUUUAUGUUUUCGAUGGUUUUUGGCCAUACCAAUGAUUGACAUUCAGUUUCGGUGCUUUAAAUUGUAUUGUAGACAUAUGUCUGAGCGCAAAUAAUAAAAGUGAUGGUAAUGGUGAUGAUGAAAAAA